CACAGAGUUAUCCUAGUGUCAUGUUGUGGAUGUGUCAAUAUGAAUGUGAAAAUAAAACUCAUAGUGCGACUGUAAAUUAUUUAUUACAGUUCCAUUGUGCGUUGACCCUGGCUGGAUGCCAAAUUGCAGCCACCAAAGCUGCUUUUUCACUCACCUCGGCAGCUGGACAGGGGAGAGAAAAUAUGAUGAAGGGCUGAGGGGUUGAGAUAGCAAGCAAGAGAGAUCACUCCUGAAACACCAUCACGAUGCUAAGCAGGCUGUAAUUAGAGAUAUUAAUUGAAUUUAUCACUAAAAAAAAAAAAUGAGAACAGGAUAAGAAGUAAAAUUAGGCCUUAAAAACACCUUUCCCACGUUCGUCUCUCCUUCCCAGCGCUACCUCCUUCCCCAGUGGCACACAGAGACAGGGAAUGGAGGUUAUGGACAGUUCCUUACACAUUGUUCCUGCUCACAGAGAGGAAUCUUUCCUCCCAACAUAUGGGGUCCCUCCCAUGGGAGACAGUUCUCCAUGGACUUCUCCAACAUGAGUCCAUCCCAUGGGCAACAGGUCUCUGAACUGCUGCAGUGUGGGUCCCUCUUCCAUGGAGUGCAGUCUUGCAAGGACAGGCUGCUCCAGCGUGGGUCUCCUAUGGUGUCACAAGUCCUACCAGGAAACCUGCUGCAGCACGGGCUUCUCUCUCCACAAGUCUGCAGGUGAAUGAUCUAGGUUAGCAGCAGAUGCAACUUCUUGUGUAAUGUGAGUACCUCCUUAUUUAAGGUAUACAUGUAAGUACUUAAUCUUGAAUUCCUCUUUUAGUUGAGUAACAAAGGAUAGUGAUUCUGUGAUCUUAAUGUUACUCUCUCUGCCAUUUCUGAAGAAAGGAAUUUAGACAGUAUAUACAUUCAACAUGCUUGGUUCUUACCUUACAUUUUAUUUUUAUAUUGGCUCUGCUCAUUUCUAUAUGUAUUACUAUUGUUAUCUUAAGUAUUAAAGAAUGUGCUCAGAUUUCCUGUCAGAGUGAGAGCUCUGUGUAGGCAAGUAAUAUAUGUUGCAGUACUUCCUUGCUCUGCACUUUGUUUUGGAUUCUUCAGCUCUGUAAGUUUCUGUGUCAGUCUGUCUGCAGUCUAUACGGGGCAUCUGAAAGAGUCAAGAGUGUAGAAAGUGGUUAGAGAAUGUGCUAAACUUACUACAUAUAAUGUUUAAGCACAGGAUACGCUGUGAAAUAGUAUUGUGUAUUAGUAAUUAGAACUGUAAAUUAGCAGCUGGUGUUUCAUGACUGAAAAUUAUGAUUUUACUGUAACUGAUAUUCUGUAUCUAUCUAAUCUAUCCCUUCUUUGAUGCCAGCUUUGUAGGCUAACCUAAUCAUUCCAUUGUUGUCUGUUGUCACUCAUUUUGAAAAGGAGCAUUAACAUUGAAAACAGUCUGUAUUACUAUAAGUAAUACAGACUUACCUUUCUUCCUUUUAAGAAAUUGCUGGAACAUUUGACUCACAGGAAACCUCCAAGAUUCAGUUAUGGCUAAAUCAGUUAUGGCUUGUUCUUCUCACAGAGCUUACUUUCCCAGGGUUGGUUUUUUUUUUUUAGCUGAGUUACAUUCACCUACUGGAAGUACUGUUGGUGAAAUUGUCUUAUAAGACUGAAGACUUUUUUACAUCACAGCCUCUCUAUACCAAAAAUGUUUAAAGGAGAUAAGAACUGUGAAAUCUCUUUAUCUAUGGUAAGCAGAAUCUGAGAAAAUAGUUUUUAUAUCCAAAUUUGUUAAAUUUACAAAUUGAGUAUUUUAGAUUAAUUUUAUUAUGGACAGAUAUGGUGUUAGUCAUCUUGGAAAUUAAUAUGAUUGUGUAAUUUAAUUUAAGAAAAAAUUACAGCAGAGGAACUCCAAUGUGUCUACAAUUGUGUCAGGCUAAAUACUGGUAGUUCUGCUUUCUUGGAACUGCUUUUCCUAUAUUUAUUUUGAAAUAGCAAUAUCAAAGGCUGUCUUUAAAGUAAAAUUCAAGGUAGUCACUUUAAAAAAAAAAAUUAUGCCCUGUUGUGGAAAAACUGUUGUUUAUGUUAAAGGAAAUACCAAAGACCAAAAUCAUAAUGGACAUCAAGAUAAGUUGAGAAAUAGGUAGGUUAGAUGGAUGUCAGUAUAUCAGGUCACAAAACCUGAAUGCUUUGGGCAUGUGUGUUUUGAUUUUGACCGGACUUUGACAAAAGCAAAUGCAAACCGUUUUUACCUGAAAUUGAAGGGUCUUGUGAUUGGAUGGAUACUGCUACCAUGUGCAUAGUUAUGCACAAAAUAAUGUCAGAAGCACUUCAGUCUCUCACAUCCUAAGGCUGUGUGAAGCAUGCUGGAGUGCAGGGAUGGUCACCCUCUCCUGUCCAGUGAACGCUGGUCACAAUUUUGAGAAUAACUCCCAGAAAUGGUCUUCAACCCACAUACAGAGCUCCAUGACUGCCAAGUAGUUAGUAAUAAAUCCACCUGGCUCCAGGCAUCCCAUUCAAGCUGUGAUACCUCUGUGGGUCUGUACACAUGUGCCUAUGACAUGGCUUUUCAAAAGUUGUCUGGUGCAAGAGGAUUUCUUUUUGUCCGAUGUGAGCGCUUGAGGGCGCUGAUUGCUCCUGGAACAUAGGCUAGCCAGUAGGGAAGAUGUGAGGGGGAUUGGAUGGGGAAAGGAUGAUCCCAUUCAGUGCCUAGCAACUGUCAAGAAAUUGUUAUAAAUAAGAAGCUUGACUAAGCCAAUAUUCAAGCAGCAAUCAAAGUAUUAAUUAAUGUGGUAAAGUAUGAGCAAAACAGCGCUGGGUACAGUGGGGGAAGUUUUCCCUCCAGCUGCACACCGAUGGUUGGGGCGUAUAGGGGUACACAUAAGCUUUUUUCAGCAGUUUCUAUUCCAAAUUUUUAUGUCACAAUCCUCUACACUAUUGUGAUUUAGUUUUUCUCAGGAUGUACCCCAGAAAGGAGUAUGCCCAGAUGGUGGGGUCCGACUUCCGAAAGAAGAAAGAGGUCUUCCAGCUGGUGCGGUCCAGACUCCAGAUGUGGGCCCGCCUUUUAAUUGCAAAGACUAUAAAUCUCGUAACAGUGAUGUCCAGCUUUCCUUGGUCAAAACUAUCAAUCCUUGGGUUGAUGUUGUUAUGUAUGAAAUUGCCAAUCAAAUCAGUAAUUUGCAAGAGCCAAAUUAUGAUAAAAUAACAAAGUAUAAAAUUUAUUUCGCAAUCGAAUGGCAAAAUCUGGGUCAGCCGCGAAUCGGACAGAGUCUAGCCUGGGACUAGGCUCUGGGUGACAGACUUACACAGCUCUGAGCCCCUGCAUGCGUCAGAGUGGAGCGGCACACCAUAGCCAUGCCCGAGUCCAGUUCUUACACUCUUUUUCUUGCCGCAGGCCAGGAUGUCCUUUGUCGUUUUCUUAAUCAAGCGAGUCCCAAAAGCUUCUCCGGUCCAGGAUAAUGCUAUCAGAUGAAAGAUGGUCCAGCUCUCGAUGUCUUGGGAAUAAUUCAUCGGUUCCUUGUCUUGUGUUAGACAGAACUUGAAAAGCCGCGUUUGCAAUACACAAACCCCAUGUCUGGGGAGAUAUACAAGUCAAACAGUCCCUUACUGGAAAUCUCUUACAUGUUAAGGGAUUUCCCAGAAACAGACUACAGGCCUGAAUGGAUUAUCAUCGGAUGUGUUGUCCCACCCAGUUGUCAGCAGCCAGUACUGCCGGAUGAGAGAGAAUUUCAACAUGCUGCUAAAAUGAACAAUUUGGAUACCAUGGAAAAGCUGAUUAAAAAGAAUGUUAACAUAAAUGCUGUAGAUACUCUGAAGCGCACAGCAUUCCAUUUUGCUGUUGCGGGAGGCCAUGUGUCUGUUGUGGACUUUCUUCUUCAUCACAAAGCUAGACUUGACGUGGCAGAUCAGCAUGGCCUGACAGUGAUUCAUCUUGCAGCCUGGACUGGAAAUUUGGAUAUAAUGCGAAAAUUAGUUAAAGCAGGUGCCGAUCAAAAGGCUAAGAAUGAGGAAGGAAUGAACGUACUGCAUUUUGCAGCUCAGAGCAACAGCAUUAAAAUAGUUGAUUAUUUCCUCCAAGAUCUUCAUCUGAAUGACUUGAACAAACCUGAUGGGAAAGGUAAAAAGCCAUUUCUUCUGGCCUCCGAAAAAGGCCAUGUUGACAUGAUAAAAAAUUUGAUUGCUCUGAAGCUAUUUACAUCUGAGAAAGAUGAGGAGGGAAACACAGCAUUGCAUUUAGCAGCCAAAAAUGGUCACAGUGAAGUUGUAGAAAUUCUGCUUGAACAAUGGGAGGAAAUAAAUGACCUCAAUCAGGAUGGAGAAACUCCAUUUUACUUGGCUGUUGAGGGAGGUCAUGAAAAAUGUGCUGAACUCUUACUGGAGGCAGGGAGUGACAUCAAUGUUUCAACUCAGAACAAUAGCAGUGCUUUGCAGGUUGCAAUUCAGAAUGGACACCUAUCAUUGGUUACUUUUCUUAUUGAUAAGAAUAUUGACCUGGUUCCUAAGCCUGAGCAGAAGAAUUCCGCUCUUCAUUUAGCAGUCCUCAGUAAUAAUCUACUGGUAGUAAAAAGCCUUUUGGAUGCCAGUCAUGACAUAAACUCCUUAAAUCACAGGCAGGAAACCCCUCUACACCUGGCAGCUGAUCUUGGCAAUGUGGAGAUGGUGGAAGUGCUGCUGAAGUCAGGCUGCAAUCUCAAGACCAUGGAUAAGCAUGGGAAAACUGCACUAGCCACAGCAUCAAGGAGCCAUCAUGCCCUCAUUGUAGAUAUGAUCAUUAAAGCAGAAAGGUAUUUUGCCAUGAAACAGACACAUCUAGUUCAUAGUGGUAACGGGUCAGACUUCAGUGUGUCCUUCAAACAAGAUCACAGCACACAGACCAAGCAAAUCCGCUCCUCCCUUUGGAAUCUAGCAUACAAUCAGUUAAAACCCCGUGAAUGGAAAAAACUGGCUGUGUUCUGGAAGUUCACAGAUGAACAAAUUAAAGCUAUUGAAGAACAGUGGACAGGAAAAAAAAGUUACAAGGAACAUGGGAACAGAAUAUUGCUCAUCUGGUUACACGGUACAUUGGUGGCCCAUCAGAAUCCUGUUAAACAUCUAUAUGAAGAUCUGGUGGAAGCAGGACUUCAGCCUUUAGCUGAGAAGAUCAGAGCUUCAAUUAGCAUUGGCAUGGACUCCAGGAAAUGUGUCACUUCAUGAGUUCAACAAAACAUGGCAUAUAUGAUGGAAUUACAUGCCAGAAGGAAAGUGGCUUUCAAAUAUCUUUGGGAAACAAAAAACAUAUUUUGAAGUUGUACAACUUCUUCUGCCCUAGAAGAACUUGCAUUGAUGAAAUGGUUACUUUUUUCUCAAAUGCUUUCUACAUAGAAAUGUAAAAAAAUUAAGAAUGAAUGGCUGACUGCUAAGCAAGAUUCACCACUUACAAUUUCUACACCUGACCUAACACUGAUGAAGUAAUUCUGUAUUGGAACUGCAAAUUAAGCUACUUUGUGUUUGAUGUGAAAUAUAAAUAAGAAGUUUUCUACAUGAAAAAAAUUAAAUUUAGUAAGUGAAAGUUAUGUGUAUAAAUCAAUUAACACUCAGCAAAUAAGUUGUCAUCUAGCCUCAUUUUGGAUUCAGGUUUUUAUAAAUUCUUGCUAGGAUUAUGACAAAUCUUUCUACUGCAGCAUUUGAUUUAUGUAGUGAAGAAACACAAAAAUGUCAACACCACGUGUGGCUGGCUGCAGAAUUUUCUAUCAUAGCAUAACACUGUAUACAUACCCUCAAAAGAGCAUUUGAUAUUUAAUACUUCACACAUCUAGCAAUUAUUUACUUAUUUCUUGUUUAUACAUUGAAUUAAUACUUGGCAGUGUCCUGCUGACUCUGUUUAAGGGUUUCUUAUUACUGACUAUAUUUAAUAUCUGAAAAAUUAUGUAAAUGUCUAUCUUAGUAAUUUUCUUUAUAACAUAGCAAUAGUUUUAUCAUGUAAUAGAGGAAUUUAACUGCCUUUUUGCAUAUAGCUAGCAUUAUUUUGUGCUGAAUCCUACUGUUUGUACUAAAAAAGUGAUCUGUAUCUUAGUCUGAAGUCUUAUUCUAAACUGCCCUCAUGUUUGCAACCUUCUUUGACUCUGCUGCAGAGCAUCCCAAUAAUACGAAAAACAGACCAGUAAAUCAUAAGGUUUGGGAAUUAGGGAUCUAAAGUACAGAUGCUUGGAACCCUACAGUAUUCAUCAUGUUCUGCAACAUUAGCUUGCAAAAUGAAAAUGUUUAGGACUUUGAUGGACUGUGUACCUCACCUAGCCUAAGUUGGAUCCUGGGUGUGGAGGAUACUAUCCUGCUGUUGUCCAUUUAAAUACAGAGUUGCA